AUUCAUUUGAUAUGAAGUUCUUCACCAAGUUAGCUUUAUGUUGGGGUGGAGCCACAGUGAGUCCGGCGGCGGAGACCACCAUUAGUGGGCAAGAGGUGGAGCACUGGCCAAGAAACUUCAGCCAUGAACAUGCUGCAAGUGGAGUAAGGAAAAUCAAACCCUGCAGGAAUUGGAAACCCAAUCUUCAUGCAAUUUCUGAAGACCGUCCAAUUUCUGAUCUAAACCAACGGACGGCCAGAUCUGAUCGUAACCAUAAAGUCAAACCUAAAUCUACUACUCAGGUUGUACCGCCACCAAGUCACCUUGACAACUACUGGAAAUCGAACCAUUCGAUGGCGUUGCCAACAUUCUCCCCGACUCCAUUUAUGAUCUGAGUUUGAUUCGGACUGCACGUUCCUUGUCUUUUUCAUGAACAUUUUAGCGAAGUAAACAUUGUAGUUAAUGCAAGUUUGCUAAAGUGCAGUUGUGAAUUCUAAUGUAAAUACAUUUUACGAAUUAUUCAUUGUUCUAGUUACUAAAAUAAAUAGCCGACGAAGUCGAGUGAAA